AUGUCUGACCAAAACGAGAAAACCAUCCAACCUGAAGCGCCCAAUGUGGCCGACACACCUGAUGUCAAGGAGGUGGUGGAUAAGAUAGCGGAUGCCGCCCCCAGUGCGGAUCCGAGGGACAUAGACAGGACCGACUUGCUCGCAGGCGUGAAGAAGGUUGACCAGACAAUCCUGAGGCUGAACAAACUCCUAGCUUCCCCAGGCGGCCUCUCCGCAUUCCUCUCCACAUUCAACUACACCCUCUAUAUCCUCGCGUACGUGCAAACCAAGUCGCCCUCCAUCUCCAGCUUUGCCACCAAGCUGCUCUCCCUCAUCCGCCCGGCCUGCGACGACACCAAGAUCUCAGCGGCCACACUCCUGAACAAUGGCACCGUGCCGCCCAUCGCUGCGCUCGCAGUCCUCAUCUCCAAGGCGCGCACAACGCUGAGACUGUUCGGCCUCUUCCCGCUAUACGCGUGGCUGCGCUCGCUAGCCUCAGGCCCCAAAGCUGGCACAGAUGUCGUUCUGCAUAGAAUCGCCAUGCUGCAGGCGAGCAGCUACUUCUCCUACCAAGCGCUAGAGAACAUCUCCCUCCUCGCCGACUCAGGCGUCAUCGGACCCCGCUUCAUAUCCACCCUGAACCGCGGCGACUCCAAAACUGCGCGUCUAUACCUGUACGCCUACCGCUGUUGGCUGGGUGGCGUGUCAUGCGACUUCCUUCGCUUGAUGCGCGAGUGGCAGCUCGAGAGUCGCAGGAGGGUGACUAGGAAGCAGAUGGUCGCUGAUGGCCGGGCAGUAGCAGAAUACCAGGACGAAGAAGAUAAGAAGUUUGACAACCGGUGGUGGACCGACUUUGUCAUCGCGAGUGCGUGGUUGCCCAUGGCGCUACAUUUCAGCAGCGCCACCGGUGGUCUGCCGGGCUGGAACCUGGGCUGGAUGGGCGCCUGCGGUUUGGUUGCUGGCAGCACGAGGUUCAAGGCACUCUGGGCGAGUACGGCAUAA